AUGAACGUCAUGGAAUUAUCACCGUAUCUGAGUGGAAUCCAAAAAAUUCCGGGAAGUAAAUUGAGUGAAAAGUUCAACGCUCUAAAUCGCAUUGCGAAAAAAAUCGUCGAAUCAAAAUCGAAGAAUCAAGAUGCUCUUGAUUUGGAAGAAGUACCAGAAGCAUUGAAACCUCUAGUACAAGUGGAAAUUGCCCGAUUACUACGGCAACCUGAUGGUAUUGUUGACGCACUAAAAUCCGAUGACUCAGUAGUCUUCAGUCGCGCAAUUAAAGUUAAGUGGUUUUUCAGCGGCAGUAUUGAAGCUUGUUCGACAGUCCAGUACUAUCAAACACAUAUUUUACCGUAUGUAUCUCUGCAAAGUCGAAUUAAAAUUAUCAAAACUUUAGGUGACAAUUUGGGUGAAAAAUCUGCCAUUGCUGAAAAAUUUUAUGUUUCGCUUUGCGAGAUGUACGGAGAGAAGCAAGCUUAUCCACUUCUCAAAGCUUGCAGUGAAUCAUUUAUCUGGAAUCGCAUCACAGAACAUGAAGUGCGCCUCGAUAAUAGAAUUGUACGAUUUUUGUUUUACAAGUAUCCAGAAUUAAUUGUUAAAUAUCUAAAGCUGAACGAAAUAAGUGACGAUCCGUUUGAACGAAAUUUGAAACGCGUUAAUUUGUCUGCUUUUUUAGAUUUUAUUCCUCGAUUGGUGAAGAAAUGCCCGAAAGCUUUUGUGGAGCUUAUUGAGAUGCACGGUUGUUCUUUCUAUCUAAAACUUAGUAACACUCGCACUGAAUUGUUUUUGGUAAAUUGCAUUGAUGCUUUACUGAAAAACGCUAAAUUAUUUUUACAAGUGUUGGAUUUAAAAACAGUGACCAAAAAAUUGAACGAAGAGCAAUUUAAGAUUAUUUUCACACAGUUGUAUCCUAAAGAUUUGAAAUCAUUCAAGUUCGACAAACUGUUGGAGUACCUUGAAUUUGUUCCCGAAGGUAAAAAAUUACCACUGAUUCUCUCCACAUUCAAAGAAGUAUAUAAACUGAAUCUGCUGGACUGCACUGAAAAAAUUACCCGAAAAGCUUUGAUAUUACUUCCACGUGAUGAGCGAAUUAAACAAGCGAAAGUCAAAAUAGAAAAUGAACCAACUGAUACAUUUAAUUUCGUAAAUAGUUCAUGGAUUUGUUAUCUGUCAUCGGAAGAGUCGAUAGAGUGUUUAAAAACACUGAUAAAGAAAACUUUUGACGAAAGAAAGCGGUUGCAUCUAGUUAAACAACUACUUUACACUUGCUAUGUCAAUUCAGAUAAUAACGCUCUGCUUGAAGUGCUUAAGUACAUCACAACGAGACAUAAAAACGAACAAAAGGAUAUUUUAGUAGAUAUUUUAGAUAUGAUAUCCGCAGACAAUUGCUUGAAAAAUCUAUCACAAGAACAUUGGGAUGUAAUUUACAAUUUUUUGAAGUUCAUGCAUAUCAAAAAUCAGCUCGAUUUAUGGUAUAAUCAAUCACAAAGAACAUUAAUAACUUCUUUAAUUCGCUUUGAGUUAGAAAACAAUCAUUCUAUCGAAGAUAAAAUAAGCUUUCUGACCGAUUUGAUUCUCGUGCAAUCUCAGAAUCGAUUUAAUAUUUUAGAAGAUAAUAUUGUGUUUGAAAAACAGUGUUUGGAGGAGUUUCUCAAAGUACUUCCUACUAAGAAACCCCAUGACAAAAAUUAUCCAAGUACUGAAUUGAUAAAAAAUGUGAUAAUAUCAAUUUAUACCUUCAACAAACAUAACUUGAAAGCUAAGUCUCCUUUCGAGCCAAUGUCAAUCAAAGAUUUUCCUUGGGUACUGAAUGCUACUAAGAAAAUUAUAAAUGAAAACGACCCGUACGAUUGUCAUUUAUUAUCAUCUAUAAUAACAAUUUUACAAGAAGAAGAACAUGAUCUCUUUGAAGAAUUAGCCGCAAAUAUUAAAGAAGAAUUACUUCUUUCAGACCUCUCAAAUUUGCUACCAACACUCAAAACGAAUCCAGAAAUGAUAAUGCGUAAUUGGAAGUAUUCUUUGAAAACAUGCAUAGGAUAUACUUAUACUCCAAAAAUUCAUGAAUUCAUAAAAUCAUCUCGUUGGUAUCAAGAUUUGCCGAUUAAAUUCGCGGAAGAGUGUUUGAAAAUCAUCGAGGAGACGAAAGAUGCCCAAGCAUUGAUUGUUUUGGCGCUACUAUUAGAAGGACCGGCUUUCGAACAGGUGAUUACUCCUUUCAUACCAUCGUCUGCGACGAUAGAUGUUGACCCAGAAGAUGCAAAAAUUGACUAUCAAAUGGUGUGCUCUGCUUCAAUGGCAUUCAAUCGAGUCAACCCAGCAGUUUCUUUAGAUUGCAUCCUGAAAUUCUGUGUUGGUGACUAUAUCCAUAGUAUAAUCAAUUGUCUUGUCAAUGUAAGCCGGCGAACAUCUGUAGCUAAAGUCGUACCAUUUGCAUUGACCCUGAUAGAUCGUCCAGUAUCUAUAAAGAAACAUGGCAUUCGCUUGUUUUGUAUGGCUGCAGAUGUUAAGCAACUACGUAGAACUUUAAGUGAAUUGUGGAGAUCAGAAACGCAUCAAACGAUUCGUACAUUAGUUUUUUCUAAUGUAUUUGGUGUUUUUAAAUCUAAUCCUAACAAAGAAACUUGGGAAAUGCUGAAAGAGUGUCUUGAUGAUCUUAAACCAGAUGAUGAAGAUAUUUUUGAUAGUUUGCUAGAAUUUAAGUAUCUUCCUAACGAAUAUGUUGCGGAUUAUGUUGAAAAAUUAUUUAUUGUUUUUCGAAAGCUUUGUAAUGUUGAAAAGGACCCGAAAAAAAUUGAUUGGAAUUAUAUCAUGCAAUUGCUUGAUGUCCCAAAUGAUAUAUCCGCUCUUUUUUCUGAUGAACAACAUAAAAAAAUUAUUGAUAGUUAUGUUCUUGAUGUGUCGUUACCAAAAAAUUUACUCUCUUCAGGGCAUUCUUAUUUGAUCAAUUGUUAUAUUGUUCCAGCGCGAAAUGAACUUGAAGAGAGAGAGAGAUUGAAUCAUUUUCGAGACAUCUUGACUGAAAUAAUAUCAAUUCUAAUUGUCCGACAUUUUACCCGGCAAAUUACUUGUGACAUUAUUCCUAAUUUACUAUGUGAUUUUUUGCAAGAACAAUUAGUUAGCAUAUUACUAGAAUUGUUUAAUUCUCCACUGAAACCACACCAUGAUCCAGAAGCGUUUCUAUAUUUAACAUUGCUUACUUUAACAGAAGCUGAAAAUUCACCGCAAGAACUUGCUGGUAUAAUUACCGAAAUGUUACCAUCAUGGGUUACAACCUUUUCAAUAGAGUAUAUUUCGGAAAUUGCUAAAUAUUUAUACCAUUUUUUGAAUGCCUUUAAACAUGCUAACCAUGAUUAUACUGGGCCUUGGAAUAAUUUGGAUGUAAUUGAAGCUUUAGUAGCGGUUAAUGUCAAAGAAGUAUCUUUUCUUGCAGCGUAUUUAUUACUUCUCGACGGACGGACAAAUGAUGAAAAAUUUUAUAAAGCUAUUAACGUUCUCAAGAAUCAUCAACAUCCAACAGUAAGCUCGAUUGCUUACACUCUGAUGCAUAGACAUUGUCACGGGGAUUUUCAUUCUCCGUGUGCGUCUCUCCCUGCGCCUAGAUUUGGCAACAGUUCCAAACUUGGCAGUUAUAAUGUUAUUAUACAGAGUCUAUCCGACGAAGGAGUUCGGCCCUGGACUUAG